UUGCGAUGGCGUGAAGUCAAAAUCUCGAUUCUCCAAUUACGAAGUGGCUGCCCGAUAAGCAAGGUUUGUACCUGACCAACAGAGGCAACUGCUAUCUAUAAGAUUCAACUGUGGAGUACAUCCCACUAGCAUCAGGUGUGAUGCCGAACAGCCCGACCUAUUGCGACUGCAACGAGCUAGAUGGUAUAAUUUUAUUAAUAACUUAACUACGGUUUAUUGCAUAUCUCGGGCAGCUAAUAGAUUUUAUUGCUGUAAUUGUGUUAUAAACAGCACAUAACAGAAUACGACAUCACGGAAACGUUUACCACAAACAAGACAUCAAGCAUCUAAAUCAAGCAAACUUCCUCAAUGAAGGUCAAAAUAAAGCAGUGGAACGCAGUCGCAACGUGGAGAUGGGACCUCCCAGAAGAUGAUGUCUGCGGUAUUUGUCAAGUCCAUUUCGACGGGACAUGUCCUACUUGCAAAUAUCCCGGCGACGAUUGCAGCCUUUUAUCAGGCAAGUGUGGUCACAAUUUUCACAUGCAUUGUAUCAUGGAAUGGAUAAAGCAGGACUCGGCUAAGGGGCAAUGCCCGAUGUGUCGACAGAAGUUCGAGUGGGAAACAGAAACAGGAGUAGCUCAACAACCAGCCGAAGAUGGCGAGCUAGACCUGAACGACGCCUAGUAGUGAGAAGGUCUGGGUACUACUAGACACGUUCCAGUUUCCUAUUGUAACUUCGAGGUUUGAUAAGAGACUUCUAUUCUUAAUGUCUUGAGGUUAAUGGUCUUCUACUUGCGAUGGAGUUGGGAGGUUUAUUAAUAGAUCAGGCAUCUACAUGAUUCUACAUAUGAUAAUAUCAAUGUUCUUGCACCUAUUUAUACUUACCUAGGUUAUAUGUACCUAGGUACCUUGGCAUUGACUUUUCGGCAAGGAAUUCCC